CGCCUAAAAACGAAACCCUAAACUCGGUGAAUGUUCCUUCAGUCGGCUAAUCGGGUCAAAUGGCCGUAGGUUUCUAAUCUCACUCGACUUUCUGCUUUAUCGCGGCUGAUCCCGUGUAACUCUGUCCCCGCGGGAUACGACGCGAAGACUUCAUCGAGCGGAGGUGGAAUCAAGUUCAUCAAUAGCUGCCUGCCUCCAGUGGAAAGCCAUGGACAACAGCAGCGGGGAGUCGGGGGAAGCUGUUAAAAGUCGCAGUGUAGGAGGAAAUACCACCACUUAUAGUGACAGGUUAAGCCAUCUUCCGGACUUCAUUAUUCAUCAUAUCCUUUCAUUUGUCGACACCAAAUGCGCUGUUCAAACCUCAGUAUUAUCGCGAGGUUGGCGAUACUCUUGGAAACAUGUCCCUGUUCUCAUUUUGCACAAUAGUUCCUUUGGACAGUACUCGAGUUUCGAAAGGUUUGUAGACAAUGUAUUGUCCCUCCGCCAUCCCUUUAAUGUGCGCGAAAUGAUCUACACCGUGAUUUAUCCUCCAGAGGAGGAGGAGGAGGAGGAGGAGGAGGAAGGAGAAGGAGGAGGAGAAGGAGAAGGAGAUAGUCAGUUUGUCAAGCUCAUCAAAUAUGCUGUAUCCCAUGAUGCUCAUCGUUUAGUAUUGAAGUUGUUCUUUAUCAUGGUUCCCGAAGACAGUUACAGAUUCUCCGAUUUGUUUAGCACGAUCUCGAAUUGCCGCCUCAAAACUCUUGAACUAUAUGGUGUCGGCAUCGAUAGUGGAUUUGAAUCUUAUGGGUUUCCAAUGCUGACAACUUUAAAACUGGGACAGUGCCUAUUGGCGUCUGAUAAGGAUGGGGUAUUUGAUCCUUUCUCAAUUUUGCCGUGUUUGGAGAAUUUGGUCUUGAGUCAUUGCAACCAUUUGGACCGUGGCUAUCUCGGGCAUGUAAGCCGCCUUAAGAUAUCCGGACUCCGAUUGCUUAGGCUGAAAUUGGAUUCAGUUUGGUCUACUAGCUUGGAAAUAUUUGCACCAAGACUCAAGUCCUUCCGUUUUCACCAUGACAUGGGUGAACUGAAAUUCUCCAAGUUAAGCUUUCCUAUCCUUGAUCAUGCUGUUAUUCAGAUUGAUGAUGAGUCCAGUUUCAUGGAGGAGGACAAGGAACGCCUGAUGGACUGUGUUAUCACUUUGUUCCAAGGUUUAAGUAAUGCAACCACUCUCUUGCUGGAUUCCAGAACGGUCGAGGUACUAACUAUUAUCCCUGAGAUUAUUGAGCAACGACCCUCUCCGUUUACCAGAUUGAAGACCUUGAUUGUGAAGGCUGAUAGUGUACCUUACACACUGCUUAAUUACUUUCUUAAAGGGUCUUCUAGUACAAAACCCACUCUUGAGUUUGUAUGACGUAUUGGUCAACCAUUUUGCUAUAGUUUUCGACCAUUUUGGUGGGUUCUUCCCCCUCGAGUCAUUCAGAAUUGGGCCUUUCAUUCGUCUCGAUAUUUCUCAUACAUGCCUGCUUGCUUAAGAGCAGCAUCAUUCAUUCAUUCGUUCGCUUUGCAACAUUCUUGCACUUCAAGGUUCAGAUAUGUUGAGUUGCAGUCAUGUCAGCAUAAGUGGAAUUUAUAUUGCAAUACAACAACUUCAUUCCUGAUCGUGUUUGUCAGGAGCCCUUCAUCUCUGCAAGCAGAGAGCCGAUUGGUUUGCAACUCUGUUGGCGCGGAAUACGGCGGCAAGCUUCCGUCAACAGUGAUCGAAAACAGGGUAGAACUGAAUUGAUCAAAUAGACAAGCCAUGAGCAUCCAUUGUACUUGCUGCGAGUUGGGGAAAAUGGGAAAUAGGCGCAGUGGGGAAGAAGAUACCAGCAGUGCUGACAGGUUAAGCCAUCUUCCAGAACCGAUUCUUCAUCACAUCCUUUCAUUCCUCGACACCAAAUCCGUGGUUCAGACCUCGGUUUUGUCUCGGGCAUGGAACCGCUUGUGGAAACAUGUCCCUGUCCUUGAUCUACGCCGCCUUUCCUUCCAGGAGUAUGCGAGUUUCCAAUGGUUUGUGUAUAUGGUUUUGGACCUCCGGUAUCCUCUUAGUCUCCACAAGCUGAGCUACAGGGACAACUACGAGUGGUAUAAGCAGAGCGGCGAGGAAAGUGAGACGUUUAUCUCGGAGUUUCGAGAUGUCGCUAUGUGCAUCGAGGUCAUCCAAUAUGCUUUAUACUUUGAUAUUGAAGAUUUACUGAUUGACCUGGACAAUGAAUACAAGGACAUCUAUCAGGGUGACAAGUUUACGGAUUUGUUCGGCACGAUCUCGAACUGCAACCUCAAAACUCUAGACCUAACAUACAUCUGCAUCAAUGACGGUCUUGGAUCUUGUGGUUUCGGAGUGCUGACAACAUUAAACUUGCGACAUUGCUCUUUGGCUUCUGAUCAAUACGUGGACUUCUUUUCUAACUUGCCCUCUCUGAAGCAUUUAGCCAUGAGUGUUUGCCAACCUUGGGACUACUCCAACUCUAUCGAGGAUGAUAGGGGUCUUAAGAUAUCUGGACCCCAAU